AUGGCUAGCUAUUCACCCUAUGCGUCCGCACGCACCGCGGAGUUUUUCUACGACGACAACAAGUUUCCCAGCCCUUCUCCAACACCAUCACCCCGGGGACCCGGCUACUAUGGGCCUCCUCCGGUCCAGAGACCGGCCACCCGCGCCCACUUCCGCACUCCGAGCACCACUGGCGCCUCAUUCAGGCACGAGUUCCCCAGUCCUCGGACGCCCUCGUUCUCGCCUCGGUACAAUAGCGAAGGCCAGUACGCCACUGCCAAUGUGAAUGGCGGUCCCUUUUUCGACAGAGAGAGAGAGGCGGGGUUCGCGUCGCCGCGCUUUGAGGAACAGCGCCGUACAGCUCCCAUCAGCGGCCAUGCUCGCCGCAGCUCAACAUCGGUUCCCCAGAGACCUCAGACUGCCCGACCCACCGCCAACCCCCACAAGAAGCCACCACCACCACCUGCCGCCCGUGCUGCCACGGAGGCGGAUGCCAAGCGGCACAAGAUCCCGCCCGGAUACUCUCUCAAGAACUGGGAUCCCACUGAGGAGCCCAUCAUGCUGCUGGGUAGUGUUUUCGAUGCCAACUCCCUUGGAAAGUGGAUCUAUGACUGGACCGUCUACCACCACGGACCCUCCACCCCCAUCUCGGACAUGGCCGGAGAGCUUUGGCUCCUUCUGAUCCAGCUGGCCGGAAAGAUCAAGCGUGCCGAGGAGUCCGUUCCCAAGAUCCGUGCCCUGGAGAACAAGCAGAUGGUUGAGGACUUCAUCGAGGCCGGCGACCGCCUCACCGACAAGCUCCGCAAGCUCCUCAAGGCGUGCGAGGCCCCCAUGCUUCGCGUCAAGACCACCCAGAAGAAGGAUCCCCAGCUCGGAAAGAAUGCCGGUGUAGAGUUUGUCGAGACCCUCUUCGGCCGUGAGCGUGAGCUAGAGAAGACUGAGCGCUUUAUGCAUUCCGUCCGCCUCUGGAACCUGCGCUUCGACACCAACUGUGAGGAGAACACACACACACACACACACACACACACACACACACACACACACAUCACAUCACAUCACAUCACACGUGGUCAUCACGCCAUGACAACAACACAACACCAAAACAAACAAAACCCGAAAAGGAUUUACAGGAGCCAGGUUGUACGAUUAGGUCUCUUUCCAACUCUUUUGGUCAUCCGGGGUCUUUAUAAAACACGGGCGGGGAUCACUCCCCCUAGCGUCGUGUUGUCGUCUUUUUCCGGUCUUUCCACAGCGAUACCCAAUACCCAAUGUGCAGACGAGGCAGGAUCGGACAUGAUUAUUUAUUAUUAUUACUACUAUUGA